AAUCAACGUCCCAUCCUUCUCUAUAAAUAUAUAUAUUCUCUUCCACCUGGGCAAUUAAUUGGCAUUGAUAGAUCUUUUGUUUUUCAUUUUUUGAUAUCUCCGGCGGAGAAGGGAAUUAGUAAAAAUGUUGUUCUGCAAGGAGGAGAAGGAAUUGGGUCGCCAGCAGGCGACGGGCACGUGCCCGUCAUGUGGGGGCAAAGUUCAAGCGGUGGAUGUGGAGAGAAGAUGGAGGUUCUGUUUUGUUCCACUCUGUUUCAAAAUCAAGAGGAAAUAUUACUGUCUAAUAUGUGGUCGUCGUUUGGAGUUGUAUCAUUAGUUUUUUUCUCUCAUUCAUUGUUAUUGUGGGGUGACAAUUGAACUUCUAACCACUGGAUCUUGGUAAUAUAAAUUUCAUGAGGGUUUAUAUAUGUUCAUGUUCACAUAUAUUUAUUAUUGCUAUUGGAAUUUUAACAUCUGAUCUACUGAUUUAAGUAGAAA